AUGGCAAUUUUGGCAUUGGCGACAGACUUGGCCGAUAUGCGUGAGCGAAUCGCGAGAAUUGUUGUUGCAAACGACAUGGAUGGCAAUUCAGUGACAGCUGACGAUAUUGGUGUUACCGGUGCUCUCACUGUGCUCAUGAAAGAUACCAUACGUCCAAAUCUAAUGCAGAGUCUUGAAGGAACACCUGUAUUCGUCCAUGCUGGACCGUUUGCGAAUAUUGCGCAUGGGCAAAGCUCGAUACUCGCUGAUAAGAUGGCGUUGAAGCUGGUUGGCCAGAACGGAUACGUUAUUACCGAAGCUGGUUUCGGCGCCGAUAAUGGAGUCGAAAAAUUUUUUAAUAUUAAAUGCCGCUACUCUCAACUUAAACCCGACGCCGUUGUACUCGUUGCAACAGUUCGGGCGCUUAAAAUGCAUGGAGGUGGCCCAGCUGUAACACCGGGAGCGCCCUUAAAUCACGAAUAUCUAAAUGAGAAUAUUCCACUUGUUCAAGCUGGUUGCGAAUCGAAUCUGAAGAAGCAGAUUGAAAAUAUAACCAAAUUUGGAGUUCCAGUCGUCGUCUGUGUAAAUCGCUUCUUAGCAGAUACCCAAAAUGAACUGGAUUUAGUCACAUCAAAAGCUCUUGGUGAUUUCUUCAAUUUUUAUACUGAAAUCACAUAA